AUGGAGAAGGAGAAGGAGAAGGAGAAGAAAGGCAACGAAUCAAUGGAGUUGGAGAAGAAGAAGAAAUGCGAUGAAGAAUCGAGGGCACCAUUAAUGGCGUUGAACCAUGUAUCAAGGCUAUGCAGAGACGUUAACAAGUCUCUAGAGUUCUACACCAAAGUGUUAGGGUUCGUGGAGACAGAGCGACCCGCGUCGCUAGACUUCGACGGCGCGUGGCUAUUCAACUACGGUGUCGGGAUCCAUCUGGUUCAGGUCAAAGACGAAGACAAGUUACCUUCUAACACGGACCAUUUGGAUCCGAUGGAUAAUCACAUCUCUUUCCAGUGUGAAGACAUGGAAGCUUUGGAGAAGAGGCUUAAGGAAGUGAAUGUGAAGUACAUCAAGAGGACUGUCGGUGACGAGAAAGACGCAGCUAUUGACCAGCUCUUCUUUAAUGAUCCUGAUGGUUUCAUGGUCGAGAUUUGUAACUGCGAGAAUCUCGAGCUUAAACCGCGUGAUCCCUCUGAUGCUAUACAUCUCCCCCGAGAUCGUCACGCUCCUCCCGUUGCUCUCCCUGGAAGAGAAGACCAUGAGGAUGAUGCUGCUGCUAGGGUGGCUCAGAACAAUUUUUAA